GCUGAAGAUGCUCACUUUAACUGCAGUUUACUGAAACUUUUACAGGACGCAUGGAAUAGAAGGAGGUCAGAGCUUUUCCCCCACUUAACAACUUAGAAAUAUUAAAAAAAGUGGCAACAGAUAGAAAAAUAAUUAAGAUUCAAAAUGCUUCUCUGAAAUCUCAUGCUCCCCAUCUGCAAAAAUAUACUCUUACAGCAGCCCCCCACCAAAACUGACCCAGAAGCCUUAUCUUUUUUCACACCCAUUACACCUCCUUCAACUCUUGAAGCUAUAUUUUAUUGGAUCCACCCUUUUUAAUCUCAUAUUUUAUACGUUCAAGUACACUACCAUACCAGUAUUUGUUCUGUUAUAACACAUUGGACCAUCUCUUCCCCCAUUCUAUAUAAGCAUAUUUUUCAACAUUGCACAGAUACAAUCACAAAUAGUACUACUCUAUAGCUCCAAUGGCUGUUCAAGGUAGAAAAGUGUUACUACUGCUUCUUCAAUAACUCUCUACUUUAUACUCUUCAAUUUUUGAAUCAAUAAGAAUCAAAAACCAAACUAAACUUUGUUCUAUACGUCUCUUCUUUCCUUAUGUUCAUGUUUGGUUGUUUGAGUCAUAUGGGCUGUAGUUUUGAGAUUCUAUGGGCUGUCUCUCCAUUACAAUUUGCGGACAAAACGUAGUUUGCUAAGACUGACGUUAGCACUUGCUGCUUUGUUUGCUCACUGCAGUUUUCUUGAUGUGGAAUUAAAGAGGGCGGUUAGUGCCAGUACCAGUACCAGAUUGUACAAAAGGAGACUCCAAACUGAGGUUUGAUCCAACUUUGCUUCUGUUAAUCGCAAUAAAAGGGCUCGAAAAAACCGAACUUCCUCGGUCUCUUGGCUCUUUGUAUGAUUUUCAAACUUUGGGAAAGUAGCAGCUGGAUCUGGAAUUGGGAUUUGUCUAAGGCUUAUACGGUUUCUUGGUAUCGAAAAUUUAGAACAGGCGAUGGAUAGUUUGGGUUGGGAUGGCUCACCAGUGGUUGCGAACGCAUCGUCCUUGUGGAGCAAUCAGCAAAGUGGGGUCGAGCAAAGCUUGAUGGUGACCAACUUGAACUGCUGCGGUUAUGGGGGAAGGAUGCAUCUGGCGGAAGACAUGUUUGAUCCAAUUCAAGAGCUCCAAAAAGCUCAACCUUCACAUGGGACUUCAAGUUCUAAUAAAGUAAGUGAAAUGGCUCAGCAAUUGGCCCCGGCUUUUGCUUCGGAUUCCAUACAUGUUGUUUCAAACUUGAAUUUAGCAGCAGAUACCGGGCUUGCUAAGUCGGUGGCUGGAACCAAUUGGGAAGAAGCCUUGAGAGCUGAAUUGGGGUCUUCCCCUUUGAUCAACAGGCCUUAUAUCAUGAACCCAUUAGGCAGUUUAAUGGCUGGUUUUGGAAAAACCCAGCAAUUUCAGGUUGUUAAUGGCUUCCAAGAUGGCACAGCUGGUGUUUCUGCGACGGGCUCUCUUGAGUCUCUUGACUGCUUGCUGUCAGCAACUAACAGUAACACUGAAACAUCUAUUGAAGAUGAUGGAAUUUCUGUGAUCUUCUCUGAUUGCAGAAACUUAUGGAACUUUGGUUCUGGCAGUGCAGUUUCAUCUGGAGAUUCUGAGAACAAUGGCUUCAAUACAAGAAAGAAGGAGAUGCGUUGCGCGGUAAAUGAGCUUGAUGAAACAGUCUCUCAGGGUGCCUCAGACCGACUUGCUAACCCUGGAAUAUGUUCAGAAACCAAGCCUAAUUCUACGAAGAGAAGCUGUGAUCAAAAUGAACUCAAAGUUAGUCCAAAUUAUCAUUGCUUUGAUCUUCUCCAGUCUGAUGCUUGCACCCCAGAUGGCGGUUUCCGACUCAUUUCUGAGAAUUCACCGAAACCAAAGAAGCCGAGAGCGGAAAAGCGGCCGCCAAGUUCAUCAAACAUCAACUUCCAGCAGCCGAGUUCAUCGGCGUCCUCAGUGGAGGAACCUGAUUCUGAGGCCAUUGCACAAAUGAAGGAGAUUAUUUACCGGGCUGCAGCUUUCAGGCCGGUGAAUUUUGGAAUGGAUGCGGUGGAGAAGCCCAAGAGGAAGAAUGUUAGGAUAUCAACUGAUCCACAAACAGUGGCUGCAAGGCAAAGGAGGGAGAGAAUCAGUGAAAGAAUUAGGGUUUUGCAGAGGCUGGUUCCUGGUGGAAACAAGAUGGAUACUGCAUCAAUGCUUGAUGAGGCUGCUAAUUAUCUCAAGUUCCUCAGGUCACAAGUCAAAGCUCUAGAAACCCUAGGCCACAAGCUUGAUUCAGUGAAUUGUGUCCAUACAAACCUUCCCUUCUCUGCAUUGCCCUUCAACCACUCAUUUCCCAUGCAAACCCAUCUUCCACUCCAAAACCCUAGCCCAAUCCACCAACCCAGGAGUUGAAAAAAAAAAAAAACAAGAGAUUACCCAGAGGGAAAAAAAUUAAGUUAAUCUAGAAUCAUUCCCUCAAACCCAGUUUAAAAAAUCCUAACUCUAGACCCUAAUCAUACUCAUCAUCAUAUCAUUUUCUAGCCCACCAAACAGAGAAAAAAAAAACCCUAAUCUAGGACCCAUCAUAAUUUUCAUCAUUACGACGUUCUAUGAUAACAUCUGGUAAUUAUCAGCAGCAUGAGGACACCCACCAUCCAAGGGCACAAAAUAUUAGACUGUUGGGCAGACCCAUCUCCACUGCUGUUUUUGCUGCUUCCACUAUCAUUUUGUCCAGACUCCAGACUUCGCCAAAUAAGAUAGAUAGUGGAAGUAGCAAAAGGACUUGGCUUUGAUGCAUGACUUUCUUUUUGUGGUACUAAAAAGCCUCCUCUGCAAUUAUAGCACUAUGAUUAAGAUGAGGGGCUAGAAAGUGAUUAUCACUUUAUCUUGUUUAAUAAUUCUUUUUUAUGUCAUCCUAUGUACUUAAAGCUCACUUUUAUUGGAGAUCUUUAUGGGGUUUUUUUAAUGUACUAUUUUAGCUAAAACCAAUGCAAGAGACAUUCUCUUAA